UUCUACAACCGCGUCGACAACAACAUCCUCUGCGUCACUUCCGCUGACUGUCCGUCAAACAUGGCGCUGCUCCUAAGGACGUUUGCCCGUCAGGGUGUCUGUCUCUCCAAACCACAGUACAGUUUCCUCUACAGACAUGCUGCUCCAAUGGGAACCACAGCUAAGGAUGAGAUGAACAAGUUUUGGGCCAAAAAUGCCAGAUUAAACCGACCCAUGUCUCCUCAUAUCACCAUCUACCAAUGGUCCGUCCCCAUGAUGAUGUCCAUCACGCACAGAGGAACUGGAGUGGGGCUCAGUGGAGCUAUCUCAGCCUUUGCGGUGGCAGCGCUGGUAUUACCAGGAAACUACCCCUACUACCUGGACUUGAUCCACUCGCUGUCCAUUGGCCCCGUUCUCAUCGGCCUGGCCAAGUUUGGCAUCGCUUUCCCUGUAUCGUACCACACCUUGAACGGCAUCCGCCACUUGUACUGGGAUAUCGGCAAAGGCUUCAAAAUUCCAGAAGUCUACCGCACCGGCUACACAGUUAUCGGUCUGUCCAUCAUCACCUCCAUCAUGGCCAUUGCAAUGAUCUAAGAGCGGAAAGGAAAGGAGCAGAGGGGGCUGAAGGGGAUUUGGACUGGAUGCACUGUGGGAGUUUUGUGUAUAUGUUCUGUUUCUGGCCUGCUUCAGGACCCAUUUCAUCAAAGUAUUAAAUAAAGGAUUAUAUUGUGCUGUA